AUGUCUGAUCCCACAAUGAAUAGCCCCGACGAUGGUUCGCACAAGCGCAAGAGAACUGGCUCAGAGGAUCUAGGUUCCGAUCCCCAGCGCCUCAAUCGCUCUUCUCACGGCAGUAACGGCAGCAUGGGAGAUAAUCAGCACAACUUUGGCCACAGCCUCAGCCAAUAUGACCACGGGCUUCCCACUGCCUCUGAAUUGAACAUUGAUCAACAGAUUCUUCAGCAUGUUGGCCCGCAGAAUGGCCUCUCUGAUGAUAAUGCUCUGACCGCCAAUGCCAAAGCCGCCCUGGCAGCUCAUGCCCCUCAGCACAAAUACCCCCCUCCUCCCGAUGCUGGUUUCGAUGCAAACAACCUCACCCAAGGUCUUUCCUUCGGUGACGAGAUCAACCAGUCUCCCAUGGGUGGUGGUCACAACCACAACUCCACUGCCGCUGCCGUUUACGCCGCGCGCGAGGCCCAGAGCAUGAACCAGAAACCUACCGUCGGUUCUCCUGAAUGGCACCAGAUCCGCAAGAACAACCACAAAGAAGUCGAGCGCCGCCGCCGUGAAGCCAUCAACGAGGGUAUCAAUCAGAUCGCCCGCCUCGUGCCAAACUGCGAUAAAAACAAGGGUGCGAUACUCCAACGGGCCAUCGAAUACAUUCAUCAGCUACAGGAAGAGAAAAAGCAUAUUGAGGAGCAGUUCGAAAAACACAGUCUUACCGCCACCCAUGCGAUCACCGAGAUCAGUGGCUCAAACCAAAAGCUGAAGGGGAGGUCGCUCGCCGCAACGGCAUUGCCAUGA